AUGUGCUUGCCCCUAAAGUUUAUUCAAUUGUUUAUCAGAAUAAAUUGCUUUUGCUUUAUUAUUUUGGGGAUUGUUCUAAUCUCUUAAGUAUUUAUGACAUUGAGUGGAGGCAUAAGUAAUGAUGGCGAAGUAUUCAAUCAAGAAUUAUAUUCUUAGGGAAUUGUAUUUACAUUUUCAGUAGGACUAGCUGUUGUUAUUGUGGGUGCAUCUGGGUUGUUGAGUUCAUAUUGUCCAAAUUUCUGUAUAAUUUUCAUUUAUUCUUGCUUUGUCAUUUUCAUUGGAGUUUUGACAGCCUAUAUCACAAUUUCAUUAACCAUUUUAAAAAAUUAGUUGUUGAAUAAUAAAUUUGAUUGUAAGACAUCUCAAUUACCUGCUGCUGAGAAAACAAAGGAGUAAAUUUUAUGGGCGGAAACUCAAUUUUGUAAAUAUGACUGUAUUUGUUACAUCGAGAAAAUCCAAGACUGGAAUUCUGAUUACCUGGAGAAUAAUCGCAUACAUUACACAACCAAUAGACUCAUCAGUGAUAUAACCCAAUAUUAAAAAUGUAAAAAGUGGAUUAAAAUUGAUGGGGCCUCAUAUUCUUACAUUGCAUAUCUGGAGGAAAAGUAUAAUUGUUCAGGAUGGUGCAAAUCACAUCCAGUCUACCUAUUUUCAAACAUCAAUAAUGGAAUCCCGUAUUUAUAUUUUUAAUAUAAGAAAAGAUGCUUGUUAUCCAUACUUUGAAUAAGAAUACGAGUAUUAUGUGAACAAGUCUUACAUCGAUUAUCUAAUAGUGGAUUUUCUCUAUCUAUUUAAUUUAUGCUUUGCCAUUUGUUAAUGCUAUUAGACUAGUAGAAAUAAAAAGUCUAGAAUCUAUCCUCAGAUUCUUUAUGAGCUUGCCCCAUAAUGA